AUGUCAUCAAGUUCUGGGCCAGCUCAUAGGCAGGUGCGUCGAGAAUCUGCGUCUAGCACCAACAAUGAAUCUGAUCAUCAAUCCUACAACCGUGACGCCAACCUCACCCAAACUCGCAGCUCUACUACCACACAAAGGGAAGGAUCUCGCUCUUCUUCAACAGAAGUUCGUGCAGAACCACAUGCACAGUUUUCAUCAUGGAUCAGCAACCACAAGAAAAAUCUUCUGCAAGCAAUGGAGCUAGCUUCGGUGACUCCAGUCGUGAUGCUAGCUAUACCUCAGAGAAUGAUUCGACUGAAUGAGGAGCUCAAAAUUAUGAAAUUGCGUCGCAAAAUCCCUUUUCUCAUUUAG